AUGGGAAAUACCAUUAUUUUAGAAAUUGAAAACUCUGUCACAUCAAAUCUAUUACGAGACUAACUAAAAUAUCUAGGCAUUAAGAAACAUAACUAUUUGGGAUAGAUUCAAUUAUGGAAAAAUAAACAAAAUCAACAUGAAUUGAUAUUUUCAAAAAUUUCUUUAGUAGAUGUUGAUGAAAAUUUCAUAAAUAAUUAACAUACAAAAAGGAAGUCAAUGUAACAUGAAAAUUUAUUAUAAUAUUAUGGUUGUACUAUUAAAGAGCAGAAAUUUUAAGGAGCAAUAAAGGAUUUUCGAAUUUAUUAUGAAUUUCUACCAACCAAUUUAUAAAUGGUCCUUAAAGAUCACUAAUUCAAUGGACAAUUUGUUAAAGAGUCUUUUAUCUGGAAAUUAAUAACUUAAAUUUCUACUGUGUUUGCUUAUCUAGAUAGUAAGAAUAAAUUUCAUUCCAAUAUUAACUUUGACAGCCUCUUUUUUGAUAAAGCCUAUAAUGUGAAAGUUUUGUACCAUGGAGCUGUUCCAAAUUUAUUAUCGAGUUAUGCCUAAACUUUAGGAAAUUAUAAUUCGAACAAAUCAUUGAGUCCUUAAUAGAUGAAGGAUUAUUAAAAUCAUUUAACUUAGUUAAAAAUAAACCCUUUCAAAUAGGAUUCAUAUUCACUUGGAAUACUUUUAGUAUCAAUAAUGAGUGGUAAAGAUGUAACGAAGCAGACAGACUUUUAUAAGGAAGUUGUUCAUUAUAAGCAAAUUUUAAAUAUCUUGGGAUCUGCCUAUCAUUAUUAUUCUUAAUCUUUGAUGAACAUAGUAGUUAGUUUAUUACAAUAUGACGAUGUAAAAAGACCAAAUAUUUCUUAAUUAUUUAAAGUAAAAAUUUUCAAGUCACCCACUAUCCAAUAACGACCAUAAUUAUAGGUGGUUUAAUAGCAUUAAACUAUUAAUAUUUAUAGAAUAGAUACAACUCAAUCUUAUUCUUCUCAAAAUCAUUAUCAGAGUUAAUACCAUUUGAUCACGCCAACUAAAAAAGCUCUUUCUAUAACAAAUAACACGAAAUUAUACUCGUCACCAAGAAAAGCAUCAAAAAGCUCAUCAUAUGAAUAUCCAAAACUUUUCUAAUUAGCUAAUGGAUUUUUCACUCCAAAGGCAAAAUUAUCAAGAAAACCUUUAGUAAAGUUUAAUCACCUUAUAUAAAAUGAUGAUUUGAUAAAAAUAAUAUACUGA